UCGGCCCCACAACCAUAUCCGGACUUGCAGCAGCAAGCCGCGCCGCUUGGAAGAUUUCUUUGUCACUGUGGUCGAAGCCUCACAACUGCAUGGAAUUUGAAAUCUCACAUGAAAUGCCAUGAUCCCAACCGCGUGAAACCCUACCAUUGCCCGCACAGGGGCUGUUUCUAUUCUUCAGAUCGUAAGAACGACCUACAAAGGCACAUGACCUCUUGUAGCCAC